AUGACCGCGGAGGAGAAGAGGAGCCUGCAGUGCUACAGGCGGCACGUCGAGAGGAGACUGAACCCCGUCUACAUCCUGAGCGACGUGACGCACUGGCUGUCCGACGACGUGAAGGAGAGAGCCCUGGAGGAGGAGAAGGGGGUGACGGCGGCCGCCGCCCUGGUUCUGGAUGCCAUCCUGCAGCUGGAGGCGGAGGGCUGGCUCCGGGGCUUCCUGGACGCCCUGGUUGCAGCAGGUUACACUGGACUGGCAGAAGUAAUUGAGAACUGGGACUUCAGCACUGAAAAACUGGAGUUGCACAGACAGCUGUUGAAGCGGAUAGAAGCGUCAGGGCUAGAAAUUGAUCUGGUAGCACUCAUGCCCUACAUAAACACGUCCCUGAUAGAAAGGGAGUGUGAUGAGAUCAUGCAGGUAGUUAAUGAUACUAUCUUUCAGAUCAACAAGAAUUAUUUUGGAACACAGAAAUAUGAACACUGGAUAGUUGCCACUCAGAAGAAAUACAGACUGUUGCAACUGGCAGAUAAGGAGGAGGAGAGCAGCAUUUGUAGAGACCUUUUCAUUUGCACUGAACACCUUUGGAAAUUCAACGAUGCCCUCAUCAUCAUUGAAGAUGCCCACAUCGAAGAUGCUUUAGCCUACCUAACUGAUUUUUUCACAAAUGUCAAAAAUGGACCACAUACAGAGUUAGAGAAGCAACUGACAGCCAAAUUUCAAGAGAAAAAGCCAGAACUGACUGCCCUUUCAAAAGAUGAGUCAAAUGAGAAUCCCAAGCUGGAAGAGCUUGCUUGCAUCCUGGAUGAAGCACUCCGUUAUAACCUACAGACUCGCACUCUUCUCUUCGCUGAGACAAGAGCCUUAGUAGCUGCUUUGAAGAGGUGAAUAGAAGCAAGCCCUCUACUUAGCUACGUAAAGCCAGAUGUGUUGAUGUGUCGUGGAAGAAGAGAUCAAAAAACAGGUAUGACCCUCCCAAUGCAGAAGGGUGUACUGGAUGCAUUCAAAACCGACAAAGACAGCAGACUGCUAAUUGCUACAUCUGUUGGUGACGAAGGCAUUGAUAUUUCUGAGUGCAACCUUGUUGUGCUCUAUGAAUACUUCUGUAAUGUCACCAAAACGAUCCAAGUCAGAGGUCACGAAAGGGCAAGAGGCAGCAAGUGCAUCCUUGUGACAAGCAAAACAGGAGUGGUUGAGAAUGAGAAACACAACUGUUACGAGGAAGAAAUUAUGAAUGAAGCUAUUGAAAAGCUACAGAAUUAGGAUGAAGCAACACUUGCAAGAAAGAUACAUGACCUGCAAAUGAAGGAAAAGGUAUUAUGAGAUUCCAGGAAGAAAGAAACAGGACCUAAGGUAGUGCAAGGGAACAAAAAUCUCCUGUGUGGAAAAUGCAAAGCAUAUGCCUGCAGUACAGAUGACAUCAGAGUUAUAAAGGAAUGUCAUCACACUGUGCUAGGAGACACGUUCAAGGAGCGUUACGUGACAAAGCCUCACCAGAAACCAGUCCAGUUUGAUUUUUUUGAGAAAAAAAGCAAGAUGCAUUGCCAAAAUACUAAUUGCCAGCAUGACUGGGGAAUCACAGUGAAGUACAAGACAUUUGGUAAUCUACCAGUGAUCAAAAUCAAAAGCUUUGUAGUAGAGAAUGUUGAAACUGGGACGCAAAUGGAUUUUCAGAAAUGGAAAAAUAUUAAUUUUUCUUUGAAGAAUUUUGAUGUUGAAGAAAUGUCUAGCCGAACUCAGCAUUUUAGUGCAUGCAUCACCCUACUGCACUAA